AUGAGCUCAGAGACUGCACCGCUUCCGCCUGAAGCCAGCCACACCGCGCCCGAAGCCUCCGACACCUCACACACCUUCCCUCCCCACCCUCACGACGACUCGGAUGUCCCGCCCGUACUGCCUCGCGAUGCGCCGCAAGUGACCGUGGUCGGCUUGACGCCGGCGCUGCAGAUGAGGCUGAGCCUUCUCAGGCGGCUUUGGCUGGCGAGUGUUGAGAUGCAGGGCGUGCGGCGACGACGACUCCUGUUCUUCGGGGUCAUAGGACUCGCCCAGCUCGUCGCCUGGAUCGUUAUUCUCGCGAUGCACUACCACGACCCCUGCGACAAGCCUCUCGCGCCGUACCUGGUCAUGGUAACCGUGCGCAUCUUUGUCGCCUUCCCUCUCUCCUUCUACAACGCCGUCACGCCUCGCCUUCCUACCCGCCGCGACAAUGACACAACACGAGCGGUGCUCGAAGCGAACCGGCGAAUUGGCUCGCCAAUUCUCGACCGCCGAGUCCGCUGGGCAGGGGACCUAGUCUCAAUCCUCGGCUUGGUUCUCCUCGUCGCGGGCUCCUUCUGGCUGGGCUCCUCGAAGACCUGCCAGAUGACGGCGCCGGCGUUGUACAAGUCGGCGGUUGCGGCUCUUAUCUUGUCGUGGUUGUGGAUGGCGGAGCUCGCCAUCUACGUAGUCCUCGCGAUUCUGUUCCUCCCGUUCCUCCUCGUCGGCAUGCGCUGGUUCGGACUUGGACAGGCGAAGAACGAGAUUGGACCGCUCGGCAAGGCCGACAUCGAGAAGCUGCCGCAGCGAAUUUUUGUCGGCACUAAGCCGGAACUCACGGACCUCGAAGACGGAACUACUCCCAGCACUUCCUCACAGGCGCAAGCGCCGUCAACCACGCCGUCACCGUCGCGGCGCCCCAGGCAGAAGCAAUGGUGGCGUUUGUGGCGCUCGAAGAACUCGUCGACCAGCCAGAAGGUCGCGGGAGGCGACAACCGGCUCGAUGGCGACCACGUCUCUUUCCCGCCCGGUGUCGAGGGGAUCCUCCUUCCCGAGAGCCAAACUGCCUGUUCCAUCUGCCUCUGCGAGUACGAAGUGCCGCCGUCUCGCUCGGCCGCGGAAGCGUCGGAAUGGAAGGUCGAGGAGAACCUCCUGAGGCUCCUGCCGUGCGGCCAUGCGCUGCACUCGGAGUGCUUGGGCGAGUGGCUCGUGCCCGCUUUGCCAAAGGCCGGUCAACGAGCCAAAGUCGACGAAGGGAAGGAAGGCCGCGCGAUCUGCGUCGACGAGUUCCGGAACGCGCGAGACGGCUCCACCAAGCGGAGGGGUUGCAGGUGUAGGUGA